AGUGUAUUUUACGCUGUAUUUUGAAAGAAAGAGAAGGUCACAUACAAUUUCAGUACUUGUGUAAGCGAGUAAGCUAUAUACCAAAAAACAAACGAAAAACUAACGAAAAACAAACUAGGUUGUUAAAAACAGUCCGGCCAACUUGUAUUUCGUUAGGUUUUUUGACAGAUGGCUGUAUUUCGUUAGUUUUUUUACACAGCUGUUUGCAUUUUGACAUACGAGAGAUUUUCUAAGCAUACAAUGGAAAUACAAGUUUUAUCUAUUGCAACAAAUUGUUUGCUAAACGCUGCUGCCUUAAUACAGCGUAGGAAAAAGGAAAAGACUAAAAAAAAAUAUUCUGCGCAGUGGCUUUUAAAAAGAGAACUGGAAGGAUUUAGCCAUAAACUGUUAAAGGAAAUUGAGUGCGAGGAUUCAAUCCUUCACAAAAAUAUCUUAAGAAUGACUCCAGCUCAGUUUGCAUUCUUAUUAGAAAAAGUACGCCCCUAUAUUAGCAAGCAGGAUACAAAAUUCAGGAACUGCAUAGGAGCUGCGGAACGGCUGCAGCUGACAUUGCGAUAUCUAUCCACUGGUGAAACCCAAAGGUCACUUCAAUUGCCGUUCCGAAUUCAGCAGUCAACCAUUUCCAGAAUUUUAAAGGAAUCAAUUCCCGCAAUAUAUUUGGCGUUAAGGGAGGAGUAUUUGAAAUUCCCUGCAAGUGAGCAAGAUUGGCGUGAUAUUGCAAAAGACUUUUAUCAGAUGUGGGGAUUCCCGAACUGCAUCGGCGCUUUAGAUGGAAAGCAUUGCAGAAUACUGCCAGUGAGGAAAGCAGGAUCUACGUAUUUCAAUUACAAAGGAUACCAUUCAUUUGUAUUGAUGGCAAUCGCUGAUGCCCACUAUCGUUUUAUUUAUGCUGAUGUCGGUGUUAAUGGGAGAGUGGGUGAUGCUGGAAUUUGGUUGAACUCGGACCUGAAAUACGCUAUUGAAAAAAAUGAAGUACAUAUACCAGCCCCAUGCACGCUCCCUUUCAUAUCAACUCCCUCGCCUUUUACUAUCCAAGACUAG